UGUGAGGCAGGAAGAAACCUCCCUGCUGUGGCUGAGCAGGACUUAAAAACGGUUUCUCUGUGAGCAGUUCUUGAUCUUGUUCAUUUUAAUUUCUUGGGGACACUGGAGCACUUGUGCUCUAAGAGGAGUCAGGAUCACCUGUUCGGUGAAGCUGCUGUCUAGCAAAACCAGAGCAAAGACAUCGCGGGGAACCAUACCAUCUUCUGGCAGAAAGUUCAAUGGCGGGAUCCUGUGAAAUCAGCAACCUCUUCUCAAACUACAUCAGUGCCAUCUACCAGCAAGAGGAAACACCCCCUGACCCAGACCUAUUGACCCACCUAGUAGAUGAUGACAAUGCUUCUCCCACAUUGUCUAAUACACACACAGCAAUGGAGACAACUGGGAAACCAACAUGGUAUGGAGAGAUGCCUCACUGCUGGAGCAAAUCUCAAGUGCUGGAGUGGAUCAGCUACCAUGUGGAGAAGAACAAGUACGAUGCCAGUGCCAUAGAUUUCUCCUGCUGCAACAUGGAUGGCUACACACUUUGCCAGUACUCCCGGGAUCAGCUGGGAAUCAUUUUUGGGUCCCUUGGCGAUGAGCUCUAUGACCGCUUACAUGAGAUCACCUCUGUCUCAGAUGAACUCAGCUGGAUCAUGUCUAUACUGAAAAACCAAGAUGUUUCCCAAGAGGCCCUUCUGGACUCCAGCUCUUUAGAGCUGGGGAACUCAUGCAGUGAAGAUAACUUGUGUGAGAUGAAGUUCACAAACCUUUUCUCGCCAAGUGACCUUGGCUACAUCUCUGGGGCCAUGUCACCAGACAGCUCGGUGUCUUUUGCAGGGACGAUGUCUCAGAGCCCUCAGUCUCAGGACUCCGGUGGAAGUGACCUGGAUCUUGAUCCCACAGACAUAAAGCACUUCCCCUUUUCUCGUGACAAUGAUACAGAAUAUAAGAAAGAAGAUCUCAAGAAGCGGAAAAGGGGACGGCCCAGGAAGGUCAGCAAGGAUAACAGAGACUGCCUGGAAACCAAAAAGAGCAAACACUCCCCAAGAGGCAUCCACCUAUGGGAAUUCAUCCGGGACAUCCUAAUCCACCCGGAGAUGAAUGAGGGGUUGCUGAAAUGGGAAGACCGUCAAGAAGGCAUCUUCAAAUUUCUGCGCUCAGAGGCAGUGGCCCAGCUCUGGGGACAAAAGAAAAAGAAUAGCAGCAUGACCUAUGAGAAACUAAGCCGUGCCAUGAGGUAUUAUUACAAGCGGGAAAUCUUGGAACGAGUGGAUGGGCGGCGGCUUGUAUAUAAGUUUGGGAAGAACUCUAGUGGAUGGAAGGAAGAAGAGGUGCAAGGCAAGAGCUAAGGAACUUUGGGAGCUACAUGUGGACCUGGAUUUGGCCCAUUCUUGCUCAGAGGACCAACUCUGAGCACAAUGCACUGACUGAUUUGGGCUCCAAGCCCUUAAGCUGCUGUCUGAAGCAGUGUAUAUUAAGACUCCAGCCCUUCAGUGGGGCAAGGCAUGUGUGCUGGCUCCCAGCUGGCAGUUCAGGUAAUUACAGCUGAUAUUUUGGCUCAAGUAGGUUAUUGUGAACCAUUAUUAUUUUGUCAUGAUUGGACUCUAGCUGCCGUCAAUUCAGAAUGGGAUUACAAUGCCUUUGGCUUGUCUGAGGCUCUGCGUGGAGCUCGCUGAGGCAAAAAGAACAGGCUGUUCUUGGUGUUUGCUUUGUCCCAGAGGGCCGUUCACAGGACAUCAAACAGUCUGCUGACUGAUAGUGAAUGCGGUGGCCAACUGGGCAUUGGAGACUUGGAUUUGCCACAGUGCUGCCCACAGAGUACGGAGUUGCUAAUAAUCCUGAUAUCCAUUCUGGAGAGGAAGUUGGACAUAUAGCUUCCCACCCAGCUGCACAGUAGUUACUGGCUAACACUCCUAUUAUAACAGGUAGAAAUCAGUUAGCACAAAUAAGGCUGAGAACAUUGUGGAUCUCACCCAAUUUUGGAGGGAACUGCUUGGGAGCUCUUAGCUUGACGGUUCCCCAGAAAAUAUGUUUGUGUGUAGCAGUGAAGGGAGAGCAUUCUUCUUGAUAAGUAUGGCAGCCUUCCAACUCUUAAUUUAUGUGAAAUAUGUAAGUUUGUGUACAUAUAUACAGUAUGUAUAUAUAUAUAUAUAUCUAAUGUACAUAGGUAUCUAUUUUUUUCAUAACGUUCUUAAAGUUGUGUGAUUGUCAGGAAGCACUGGGCAUUUUCAAAACGAAUUAUUGUUCUUGUUAAUAUUCAGCUGGGCUGAAGAAAAAGGAAAUCUUUAUUUUGAAAUCAGAAAGUGUUUGUAGGGUGUUGUACCUGCUCGUCGGUGACUCCAGGAGAGUCCUGCGUGAUGUACAGGUCUCCUGCUUUUUAAUAAAUAACCAAUAAAUCAUUGUUUUGUUGGUUUUUAAAUCAU